AUGGCGGACGCUGAUGGUUUCUGUGUUGUUAAAGGGAAAAAGGCGUGCAAAUUUCGUCCUCACAGCAACCAGCCUAAUACAAGCAAAUUAACAGUAAAGGAAGAUGGAAGCUUUAAUUUGCAAGACUUUAGAAGGCGAUUAGAUAGUUGUAUCCAAGAAAUUUCAAAGACUCAGUUUUUCUCUACUAAUAUUGAGAAAAUCAUAUCUUCAGUACUGUUAAUUUCUCAAAAUACAACAUCAUCUAACAGCUGGGAGAGGGCAAAAGUUCAGGAAAUGUCACAUCAUGGUCUCAUCCCUGUUGAUGCAAAGAUCCACACAACUGACUCCAGCAGUUUGACAUGUACCACCUCCAGUAACCUUCAUCAUCAACAUCAUCCUGUGCCUGAGGCAAUCCAGACAAACAGUCCAGACCUUGAUGACGUGACAACAUCUGUAGAACUCUUAUCCCUAUCUGAUCACCAAGAAGACAUCCAGAUUUUAAGUUACGGAAUUGGUAGUUUUCUCAGCUGUGUAACGGCCAGAUACCAGUUGGCAUUUCUGCUGGCAAUUAGGAAAAUAUUUGGGGAGAGGUGUAAAGAAUGUUGUGUUUAUGAUCCAGUGUUUUCGAACCAGGAGAAGUUGGUCCUAGAAUCUUAUAAUUGUCAAGUGAUAUCCGAAAAUGAGGAAGGGAAGCGGGAGUGUACAAAACCCACACUUGCAUUUCUGCCACACUGUGGGAAGGCCUUAUACAACAAUCUGCUGUGGAGGAACUUAGCCACAAAUAACAGCCAGGGCUUGUCUCUUCUGGUGCUCAUCGGAAAUAGUUUCUCUAAUAUACUUGAGAGAACUCCGAAGAGGGUCCUGAGUAAGACAGGAAAUUAUCUUUUACAGCUGAGCCCACAUAUGACGGAAGUACAACUGGACAACACUUUCACACACAAGGACAUCUUCAAUGACUUGUCCAUUCACUACAUCUUGGGCCCCCAGUUGGCUGCGGCCCUUCGCUGUGUAGGCCCCCACUACGAGGAACCUGUGUAUGAGGGUGAUGAUGCUGAGUUUAUUGGCAAAUAA